CACUUCUCUCUCUGCAUCUGCCAUUAUGAUACCAGAGCAAAAAAAAUUCCAACGGUCCAACCCGUUAAAAGCGUGUACAUUGUUCACCUCAUCGCCGAUUAAUCAUUCAUCGCUAAUAUAUUUGCUCUCCAUCUUAUCUUCUUUCUCCGGUUCUUGCUCUCAUGUAACCUGGUAAGAAUCCCCUACUCUCUCUCUCUCCCACACUUUAACCUCAUUGCAAACCGUAAUUAUUGCAUUCACAUUCAUGAUUUUAUUGUGAUUAGUGCUCAAUCUCCAAAAGACGUAGCUUUUCCGAAACGUUUCGGGUUAUAUUUUUAAACCGUAAUUGUUGUUGAACGAUAUGAAUCUCUAGGGUUUGCAUUUGUUGGUCCGUUUGAAAUUAUUUGUGCAUAUUAAUUGUUAAUUGGGUAUUGGAUUUCAGAACCGUUGUCCGUUCAAUCAUGGCUGAAAUCUGAUAGUUCGUCAAUUGGGUUAUUGAAAUUUUAGGCUUAAGAAUUUCUUUGAAUUUCGAUGGUCAAAAUGUCGUCUUCUGGUGUUGCAAUUACUCCCAUUCAAAAUGAAUCUGUGGUUUCUCCUGAUUACAUACAUAACCAUCCCUCAAGGGAAUCCAUUUUAAUUUAUGUGGCUGUGUCGGGUAAUAUGAUUCCAAUGCGGGUAUUGGAGUCUGAUUCGGUCGAGUCAGUGAAGCUUCAGAUUCAGUCCUAUAAAGGAUUUGUUGUGAAAAAUCAGAAGUUGGUUUGUGGAGGACGAGAACUGUCACGGAGCAAUUCUCUCGUUCGGGAUUAUGGGGUCACUGAUGGGAAUGUUUUGCAUUUGGUUCUCCGUCUCUCUGAUCUUCGUGUCAUCAAUGUGAGGACAUCUUGUGGAAAAGAAUUCACAUUUCAUGUUGAACGGUGCCGAGACGUUAGGUACGUCAAACGUCAGAUUGCUAAAAAGAAGAAUGGUUUGGUUGAUCUUGAUGAUCAAGAGGUAUUAUGCAAUGGUGAGCAGCUGGAGGAUCAGAGAUUGAUUAAUGAUAUUUGUAAAAACAAUGAUGCUGUGAUUCACUUUUUUGUCCAGAAAUCUGCUAAAAUUAGGGCUAAACCUGUUGACAAAAACUUCCAGUUGUCUAUUGUGGCAUCAGACUCAUCACAGUUGAAUGAUCCAAUAGUUAAUGAAGUGAAUAGAGGAAUUGAGAGUGAGUCUGAAACUGACAACAAUAUUGUUGUACCUAGAAAGCCUCCUGAUAUAAAUUUUUGGAUAAAACCUGUGAUUGUUAAUCCAAAAAUCGAAAUACCUUUGGCUAUUUGGGAUUUGAUUAACUCUACCUCUAAAGGGUUAGAUAGAUUGAAGUAUCCAAUCAGGUCCUCCGAGGGUACAGGAGGAGCAUAUCUAAUGCUGGAUGCAUCAGGGAGCAAGUAUAUCUCUGUUUUUAAGCCCAUUGAUGAGGAACCUAUGGCUGUGAACAACCCUCGGGGGUUGCCCUUGUCAGUUGAUGGUGAAGGAUUGAAGAAGGGUACCAGAGUUGGAGAAGGUGCACUAAGGGAAGUUGCUGCUUACAUUUUGGAUCAUCCAAAGAGUGGUCACCGUUCAUUUUCAGGUGAGGAGAAGGGCUUUGCUGGGGUCCCCCCUACAGUGAUGGUCAAGUGCUUGCACAGAGGAUUUAAUCAUUCAGAGGGUUUGAAUUUCAAGAUUGGAUCCUUGCAGAUGUUCAUGGAAAACAAUGGAAGUUGCGAGGAUAUGGGGCCUAGCACUUUCCCCAUGGAGGAGGUACACAAAAUUUCUGUCUUGGAUAUAAGAAUUGCAAAUGCAGACAGGCAUGCAGGGAAUAUUUUGGUUAGCAAAGAUGGGGCAGAUGGCCGGACUGUGCUGGUUCCGAUUGAUCAUGGGUACUGCUUGCCUGAGAGUUUUGAAGAUUGCACAUUUGACUGGCUAUACUGGCCACAAGCUCGCCAGCCUUACAGCCCAGACACCAUUGAGUACAUAAAGUCGUUGGAUGCUGAAGCAGACAUUACCCUUCUGAAAUUCUAUGGAUGGGAAUUGCCACUUGAAUGUGCCCGUAUACUCCGCAUCUCCACCAUGCUUCUGAAGAAAGGGGCAGAGAGAAGACUUACUCCUUUUGCCAUUGGAAGCAUAAUGUGCAGAGAGACCUUGAAGAAGGAAUCGGUGAUUGAAGAGAUUGUCAAAGCAGCACUGGACUCAAUGCUCCCUGGCACAAGUGAAGAUGCAUUCCUUGAAUCGGUCUCAGAGAUCAUGGAUCGCCGUCUUGAUGAGAUGACCAAAUAAGGUCUAUGGAGAAGCUUGGUACACAAAAAGUGUCUAUAUGCACAUAAUGUCGUAUUAUAUGCGAAUGUGAGGCAAUUGGCAAAUGUGAGUUUCUAUUCGCGUACUUCAACUCCAAGAACAAUUUAUUUGAUUCUGUCAUUCCCAAGUCUUUUAACAGUUGGCUGAAAUCGACUUUGGGAAUUAUGGAUUUACAUAAUAAUAUAUAGAAUAACAUGCUCUUUCAAUUUUAAGGGUUACAGGAAUAACACAACUUGUACGGUAUAUGGGAUUCUGCUAAUUCUUGUGUUUUUAUCCUUCAUUGUUGUUCUAGACUGAUAGGAACAUUCAUAUCCUAUAAACAAGCAUUAGUGAGAUAUAUAAACCUGCUGUUUUCUA